GGAAAUGAGAAGCCGGGUGUCGGGAAUUUGGUAAUGUUACAUGCGGGACAAGAGGGAUCGUUUUCUCCGGUCAGAGGGCGACCUAGCCCAGCAUGGCCCACCGGAUUUGAAGGACAGAAAUCCCUCUGACCAUUGGAUGGAGAAAGAUAAUUUGUCUAACAGAGGCACUUUAAAACCUGAGCAGAUGCCGUUGUGUGAUGAGGUGACGUUUGGACUGGCAGACGCAAAACCUAUCUCCAACUGUACCAGCAAAAGGAAGAGAAAAAAUUCUCUUUCCGGCAUGAAUACCUGUGAGAACAGCCUCCAAAGGUCUGGGGAGCAAGUUGAGAUGGUCAGCUGUGCAGAAGAAGGGCCACCCAAUCGGCCUCCCAAAAGGAUGCAAGAAAAAGACGAAAUAGCUUGUGAGCUCUUGGGAGCCAUGGCCACUCCCUCUGGACUUCUUCCUGGACCAAUCUUGAGCCCUAAGAAGCGAAAGCUGAUUUUGCACAUCGAUUUGAACAACACCAUCCUGGUCUCUGAUGCAAUUACCAAACAGGACCCCAGUGCUGCUUUAAACUGUUACCUGAGCACCGUGACCUGGGGGAAACUUAGCCACACAGUUGCCUAUAGAUCUCAGACUUGGAAAGAUACGUUGCAACAAGAAAAAAGUGGCGUUGAGCCAUGGAGCCGAGCAGCUCUCCAGCGACAACGGGUGCAGGAAAAUGUAUGCCUAUUUCAGCUCCCGGGAAGGCAUCAGUGGUUUCCAGGACCACUUUGAAUGGUGGGCUAAGAAUAAUUAUUCCAGCCAAGGUGGAAAGCCCAUUUGGGUCGAUCCUCAGGACUCCGGAGUCCAGCAUAUCUGUAUAGAUGAUAAUAUCCGACUGACUGAUUCCGACACCAUUGUGCAUCCUCAGGUAUU